ACGCAUGGAAUCGCCCGUUUACGGUUUUUGACCGAAUAUAAUCAGUCGUCAGUACUUUCAUAGCUUUGUUCAUAGAUAGCUCACUUAAGCGUGUAAAAAGGAGUCGUCCUAUAACAAACCUUGUUUUCACCACCAUAGGGAUAGAGCGAUUAAAGUUUUUAUCCUUUUGUAUACAAGGACAGUAUCCCUUAACAGAAACCACAUUCCUCAAAUAAACCCAGGAUAUCUUUCGUUGAUAUUCGUCGUUUUAGUCAUUUAUUUAUCAUGAUGAGGGUUUGUUUAUUGGUCACCGUGAUCUCUGCGAUGGUUUUAUUUGGCUUUACUCGCGGAGAGGAAAUGUUUAUGGACCCCGAUGGCGCUAAGUGCAAAGUUCCAAAAGUUGAGCUGAAAAUGCUGAAACCAGGGAUUAACAUACAAACCAAAAGGAGAUCUGAGAGGACCACAGGCCAACCAAUGACGUUUGAAGUCUGGUACGAUGAGUCAGUCCUAAACUCAACAGAAAAAGAUGUCGUCAUUAAUACUACUCAGCAAACAGUCGAAUUGAUAUCAAGACAACUCAGGGUGAAGGAAAGAUUAAAAAGCUUCAUUUUCCCCAGGUCGUGUGAAACCGGGUCAUACAUCUUCAAUGGAGAAGUGUUUAACUGCACAUGUGGAAGUCCCACUUGCGGUUUAGCGACAUUACCUGAACAUCAUUUAAAACCAUGUCUGAAAUGCCAACGAGAUGAAAAUGGGACCGAGUACGACUGCGAGCCCGAACCAGGAGGACCAGAGGAGAGAGGAAUUAACGAUGUCCAUUUCGUGCUAUAUGUCACCUCUGUAAAUGCAUGUACAGAAGGACUUAUUGCAUUCGCCGGCCCAUGCUUUCUUGAUCUAACAUUCAAUAGACCAAUUGCAGGGGCAAUGAAUAUUUGCCCGGAUUCUCUCAGACAAUACGCACCGGAAGUAAUUCAGCAAGUUGUUCAGCAUGAAAUCUACCACGCAAUAGGCGUCAAUGUAGGUAUGUUUGCAUUUUUUAGAGAUGAAAAUGGGGACCCAUUAACACCCCUGCAGGAAAAUGGUUUUCCUGAAUUUGACAGUAGUGCUGGACACUUCAAAUGGAGUGAGCGUGUCGCUCGAACCAAGACUUUAGAUUGGGAUAUCCGUGGAGGGACAACACAGCGGAACGUCACAAUCUUGGUUACACCGAACAUUGUUCGGGAAGCUCGAGAACAUUUUGGUUGCGACUCAAUUGAAGGUGUUGAACUUGAGGACGAUGGCGGUGAUGGAAGUGCUCUUAGCCAUUUUGAGUCUCGGAUAUUCACGACGGAAUCGAUGGCGCCGCAACUUACUUUUGGUCGGAAGUUUUCUAGAUUAACCUUGGCAUGGCUCGAAGAUACAGGAUGGUACGAAGUGGAUUAUGCCUAUGCUGACCCGUAUACCUGGGGCCGUGGUCUGGGCUGUGGAUUUGUCAAUCAGAGUUGUAAAUGGUGGAUGGACACCCAAAGAGAAAGAGGACUAUCUUUAGGUCCAUAUUGCGAGAAUCCAACUGAACUAAUGUGCAGCGUGGAUAGCAAGACUGCGGCGAUUUGUACGAACACAAUGCACAACGAAUUAUUGCCAGAACAAUAUCAGUAUUUUGAUUCAUUCCCUGGGGUGAAUGAGACGGAUUUAGGAAAGAUUGGCGGUGCUUACAUCAACCUAGAACACUGUCCUCUAAUAUACCCUCUCAAUGUUUUACACACCAAUGAUUACAGACGACAAACGUGUGACAAAGAUAUCAAUGAAUGUGACAGCAACCCUUGCAGCAAUGGAGCAACUUGCAUGGAUGUAAUCACAGGCUACUUCUGUGCUUGUCAUGCGGAAUAUGAAGGACUCCACUGCGAGUACGGUAAAACAAUUUGCACCUCAUCUGAUCGAUGUGAGAGAAAUGAGGUUUGCAAAUAUGGACUGUGUAGCUGUGGAGACGGUCGUAUCAGGACAGAGCAAGGUUGUCAAAUUCCCAGACGGUUUGAUAUGAGUUUUGAGCUGACAGAGAUCAACGGGUCACCUGUGAAAUACCUUGACUUCCUUAACACUAGCAUUGGAGUGAUAACGGAAGAACUAGAAUAUGCGAUUAACCAUCGGUUAUCAAGGUGGGAAAUAUUCGUGAACUCUGUCGUAAGCGUCGACAUCAAAUCAUUUUUGAACGGAAAUUCCGUAGUGGAGGCCGACAUCGUUCUUGACCCGAACAGUACAUCAAAUGACGUCAUGAUUUAUGAACUAAUGACGGAUAAUUAUUACUUUGCCGCCGAUGACCUGUCGGUUGGAAACUCAUCUUUCACAGUGAAUGUUACUUCUAUUGCUGUUCAAGAUUUGAAUGAAUGCAAUGAGACAGAAUACUCCGCUUGCUCUGUCUAUUCUGCCUGCAACAACUCGGUUGGUUCCUAUCAGUGCACAUGUCUUCAAGGAUUUGUAGAUCAAGGAGACUCCAUAGAUGGACCAGGAACGCUCUGCAUCGAUAUCGAUGAGUGCAGCGAUUCGUCGUUAAAUGAUUGCUCUCCGUUUGCUGAAUGCACCAACACACCCGGUGGAUACGACUGCGUUUGCCUAUCUGGGUAUACAGACUCUACCCAGAGUGAUGGAAGGAUAUGUGACGAUAUCAACGAGUGUCUUUCUCAGCCAUGCUUUAAUAGCGGUACGUGUAGAAACUUCAAAGAUAUGUUUACCUGUGAGUGUGCUACGGGCUACGAAGGACAGUACUGUGAAUCGAUGAUGGCGUCCUGUGAAAAUGACGACCAGUGCUUCACACUAGGUCAUGAGAUAUGUAGUACUUCUGGGUUAUGUACUUGCAGACUUGGAUACCUCAAAAGAAAUGGAGUUUGCCAAGCAACUGAAACGUACAAAGGUUCACUGCGUUUUAUAUCUAUCAACGGAUCGCCUUUGCUUUACACUUCUGCUCUGGCUGAUCCCUCGAGGGAAGGGUUUCAACAAUUAGCUCAACAGCUUCGAGGCACGCUCCUGUCAGUAAUUUUGAAUAUAUUGGACGUAUCAUUGACGUCAUUUCGUGCCGGAAGCGUCAUCGCAGAGUUUGAUCUUGUCGCUGCGGUCGGUUCAACUCAGGCUGCGGUUAUAACCGCCGUUACGAGAGGUCUAGGGAGCGGGACGAUUUUAGCUGGUCAAGAUAUAAUCAGUGUUGACCCUAGUAGCAUGAUGAUUGAUGAUCAAAAUGAAUGCACCUCUGCCGACCAGAAUGACUGCUCACCCUUGGCAACAUGCAUCAACGAACCCGGGUCAUUCUCCUGCACCUGUCUCCAAGGCUUCCUAGACAUCUCACCUCCUGGUGCGGGCACUGGAAGGUUGUGCGAAAGAGAUCAUGUUGAUGUAACAAAUUCCGAAUCCAUCACCAUCAUUAUAUCCAUCGUUAUUGGUGUCCUGGUUGUACUUUUCAUUGGAAUGAUACUCUUAUUCAUCUGCUGUAUAGUAUCUACGAGUAAAUUGAAGAAGGCCGAAAAACAGAACAUUCAAAAUUAUAUCCACAAUGAUAUCGUCGUAUACUCCACUCCAGAAAGCCGAAAUCCACCUCCUGCACAGAACAGUUUAGCUCUGGUAAAAUACACGCGUGAAGAUGAUAACCGCGUGGUUACGGCGGAAGAGCCUCAUCCAUUGAGUCUGGUAGAGUUUAGGGAACAUGGAUCAGGAUUGGACACACGCCCUAAACAUAACAAUAUAACUCAAAUACAGAAUGUUCCGAACGCCGUAUUCCGAUCGGAGGAACCACUUAACCAGAAUUUCCACCUCAUGCGCGACAUAGAGCUUGGUCAAUUUGGAUAUUCCAGUCGUCAACGUAGCGACCUCGCAUAUCCAGACAACUAUUUCUCUUUGGAAUUCCCUGGUCGUCAUCGACUAGGUCCACAAUAUCCCAAUCGCAGUCGACUGGCCCUGCAAUAUCCCGAUCGUCAUCGACUAGCCCUGCAGUUUCCCGAUCGCCAUCGUUUAGCCCUUCAAUAUUCCAGUCAUCAACACCCAUUGGAUUAUCGUAUGGCUUUAGAGUACCCACUACCCAACCCGUUCGCCACAUUACCUCCUAAAGAACAUCGCGACAAAUAUGAUGACAGGAGGCGUCACCAAAUGUAUCGUCGUCAGCUCAUGUUAGAAGAUGGUCAUAACUACCCAAGCCUGCCUAGGAUUGGUAACCAUUACUUCUGACGAGGGUACAUUUAACAAUAAUUCAAGUCGACCAUCAGUUUUGUCUUCUGUACGGGUCUGUCAACUUUAGUUUAGAUUUCAAGAGUAAGCUUAUUCUGCAAAGCAAUGUGCAUCAUUUAUCGGUGAAUUUACUAUAAUUGGUCUAAUCCAAAUAUGUCUUAUUUUUUGUUUAAUCUUGCUUGAUCUGAUCUAUUUUGUCCAAAACGUAAUUGUUGCCACCGAGCAAAGUUGGUCAUUUCAAGAAAUUCCACUUGGCUAUGUCUCUCGUGCAGUGCACAUUUUGACGAAGACCACCGUGACGUCAAGAACAUGAUUUGAAGAACUAGUAUUAGAUCAAAUGGUCAGGUAAAAAUUUAGAUAAAUUGGUCGCGAGAGUAUUCAACCCUUGGGUGAAAUGAUUAUCACAAAGUGACCAUCGUAGAUCAAGUGAUGAUUUGUUAAAGGGUUUGGUUGUCUUAGACAAAAUGGAACGAAGAACAACUAUGGUAUAGAUCAAGGAGUCGUCCAGAAUCGAGUACAGAGACCCCAUUUUAAUUGCAUGAGCUCCCUCCCAUAUAUUGCGCUUUUAGUGGAAAUUUACAUACUAUUUAAAAUUCGACAUGAUUGAUUAAACUUGUUCUAGUUUGAUAUGUGAUGGCAAGUGUUGUUUUAUCAUAACGUAUACGUUUAAGUGUUAAAUGGUCGUUCUUUUAAUCUAAUCAGAUGCUCAAAAAAAUCGCACCACGAAGGCACAAUUUUUAAUUCACAAGGACUUUUUUUUAAAUAAAUCUUUGCAAUAUUUUUUUUAAUAUGACUUUUAACAGUUUCUCAAUUUGGUUUUAGUCACUCGAAAAGCGGUUCAUAUCACUUUUUAAAUGCUUUUUAAAAACUAGGCGAGGUAAACACCCUCUUUGCUUUCUCAAUUCAAGUAUUGUAUGUUUAGUCUCGGUAGACUAAGCAGCAUUUCCAGAGUUAUUAUGUGGACGUUAGUUUUUUAUUAUAUUUUUAUGAACGACAGUAACGCAUGGUCCUCUGCAAAAUUUAGGGGUCAUUUUAAUGUUUUCUAGGAAAAAAAAUAUUUAUCACACAUUUCAUAUUGUAUAUUAUUAGCACAAAAAUGUUUUGUCAUGCUUUUGUCGAGGAACUGUUUCUCAAAUGUGCAAUGUUAAUUAACGGUGUGAUAUAUGACUUUAUUUAACAUAAUAGAAUUUCACUGGGUCGUUGUAAUUAAUGUAAAGCAUUUAAACGCCUUUCGGAUAUCUCAGACCAUUUUGAUGCAAAUGGUCAUUAAACUUCAUUCAAGAGAUGUAUUAAGGUCAAUGGUCAUGUCGUUUUACACGUUUCUCUCUAUAUGGAUGGUCUUUACUAGUUGAUAUCAAAGGCACAUUGCCAAUCCCUAAUACUUUGUAUUCGGAUUUCCUCAGAGUGAAACAGUAGGAAAUAUACACUUCAUACUUCAUUCUAUGUUUGUUAAAUUGUUACUACUAGUUUUUCUUGUUAUCUAGCAAACUGUAAACUUGGGCGACAUACGCAUUAGGGCGAUUCCAUGCUAGAAAAAUCAGCCAUUUUCACAACAUUUUUCAACCUGCUGUCCAAACGAGCGAAGAACUUCAAUUUGCUUUGUGGUAACAUCAAAGUACUACUGGGUAGACAUGCAAAAAAAUGACAAGCAACAAAAAUGUGUUGUCCAUAGGUGAAUUAGAGCUUUAAAUGUUGCGUGUCGUACGGGACAUUUCUGCGUCCCGUACGACACACAACAUUUUCACCUUUAAUUUAACCAUAAUCAAUUUUUGUGUGUGUUGGUUAUUAGUUUUUCACAUGACUUCUCACUAUAGCUUUAUCAUAGAUUAAAAAAAAAAAAGAAUAUUGUAUUGCUCAAGCAUUCGGCUAGGAAACUAUAAAUUGUUGUCAAAAUUCCCCGUACGACACGUAUGAAAUCGCCCAUUAGCCAUUAACAGGGUCAGAACCCCCCCCCCCCCCCCGGGUAUUUAUGUUGAUGUCCAGGAAUGUCUCUUUCGUAAUAUGGAACAGUGAUUAUUUUAAUUAAUGAAUGGGGUGAUAUAAUGUUCCUAUAUUUUCCACCCAAAGGGGUCACUGGUGAAAAAAAUAUCUACAUAUGAAUUGUUUUUUUCAGAACAAUUUUCUUACGAGAAAAAGAACAGGAAGAGAAAUAAAUGAAAAGCCUAAACAUUUAUUUUAAAAUUUAGACUCACCUUUCCCAAAUUGAUGCUAUUUCUCCUAUUUUUUUUUUCAAGCUGGUAAAUAAAAUGGUUAAUCGCUAUAAAAGAAGAGUCUCGUCAAGGAGAAAUGUAUUGAAAAUGCUAAAAAAUAAUUAUUUGAGGGGUUUGUAUUAAUGAUUUUGCCCCGUAAAAGCGGGUAUUAAUUCAAAUCGCUCAAUUGUUACCGUGUUCUUUGCAUCGGGGGGGGGGGGGGGACACGUAUAAAAAGUAAUCAAUACUGAUACAAUGGUUUCUCCUUUCAUUAAGGGGUAUGAAGGGUGUAUAUAAUACAAUUACUACUGGUUUGAUUUUGUUUCUGAUCGAAUGAUAUCUUCCUUAUUUCUAGCGAAAUUUAUGCAUCAACGAAGCUUUAAUCAGUCACACAUUUAAUUAGGACAUAUUGACUGACUUGUUCAUAUAUACAAUACAUAUAUAUAUAUUUAUAUUGUGUUUAUUAAGUGUUCGUCUGGGGUUAUAAGAAGAUAUAUACCAAUUUGUUUGGCUUGAUUUCUUGUUAUGGUUUCGUUAUUGUAUUUUUGUUUUAUUAUUAUACCUGUUCUAGAAGAUGUGAAAACUAGCAUAUUCACUGAAUUACUUGGAGAGGGAAUCAUUAAUCUAGUUUUAUUUGUUGGGCACAUUACCUUGACAGUUUCAUUCAAUCAAACUUAACAAUUUGGGUUAAUGUAACACAAAUCGUAUGAUGCAAUUGAACUCGUUGAACGUAUAACAAUUUCAGAAUAAUUGCAUUGCAGGAAACCUGUGUUUAUUUAUAAUUAUAUGGUACAUAAUCUAUAUCUUCAUUUCAUAUUUCAAGAAUAAACAAACGUCAAAUCCAA